AUAAAGACCUUGACACAGUCGUCCAACCCGUCAGUGCUCUGGGCAUCUCCUCCACAACAAUCUCAACCAUGUUCUCUUUCAAGAACCUGCUCUCUGCUCUCUCUCUUGUGGCUCUCGUCCACGCGCUCCCUGCGAAGCCUAUCCAGCGCAGGACUGGCUUUGGGUCCAUGUGCUCCACCACGCAGUUCAACCUCAGCAACUCUGUGCCGGCGGACUUCAACUUCACGCAGCCGAACACCACCUUCCCGACCUUCGUCGCUCUGUCUGUCGGUACGCAGAACUACACCUGCGGAGAUGACGGCACUUGGAGUCCCAUUGGCGCGAUCACCGAGCUCUACGACAUCUCCUGCAUCCCGCAGGAGGAGCACGCCAACUUCACGACUAUGAUCGCCGACAUGUGGGAGAACUCGCCGAACACGUGGACCUCGGAGGACAUCGUCCUCAGCACGGAGGCCGCGAACGGCCCCACCGCGCUCGGCAUGCACUACUGGAUCUCGGACCCGAACAACGCGACGAGCGGCAAGAUCUUCGCCAAGUGGGACUUCGGCAUGUCGCGCAUGAUGGAAGUCACGGACAUGAACACGGCCUUCGUCGUCUGCUCCGAGACCGACGUCGUCCCCGACCCGAUUAACCCCGUCCUUAACUCUGCGUGGCUGUACGAGCCCGUCCUGUACGUCGACGGCCAGAAGGACGGCCAGCUCGCCGAUCAGGUGUACCGGUUCAACUCGAACGGUGGCUCUGCACCCAACACUACGUGCCGCGCGAACUUCGACUUCCUCCAGGUCAAGUCCACCCUGAACUUCUGGUUCUACGGUGGUGCCUGGGUGAACACCACUUCCUCCUCGUAAGAUGGAUCGAACGAUAUUUCUCCGCUAUAAAUGAGAUGCGGGUCACGCAGUUGCUUGUCCUCGGUUAUACACGUCCGGUUCAGUAACUCUUAGCCGUCUCAUUGGACUGGCCUUCCAGAUUGCUAUUUAUGUAGAGUUGCCUAUUAAUGAAAAUCGUGAUGCCAGCUCU